AUGGAAGGAGAGAGAUAUGUGAGUUGCGAUGUCCAGGAGAUACUGGAUUCUAUCCAAGCCCAUCGGAUCGGAAAGGAAGAAAUCGGCAUAGUGCACAGGAUCGGGGUGGACAAGGCGGUCUAUAUCUACAAGCAGAUGAUGAGAAUGCGGUGUAUGGACGAGGCAAUGGACAGAGAGUACAAGAGAAAGAACAUCAGAGGGUUCUGCCACCUUUCGAUCGGACAGGAGGGGAUAUAUGCCGCUCUAGAGUAUGCGAUGGAUGGAGAUGUGGCGGUGUCUUCGUACAGAUGCCAUGGAAUUGCAUAUGUGACUGGAUGCAGCAUUCUGGAGAUCAUGGGAGAGGUUCUUGGAAGACAGGCCGGGGUGUGCAAGGGCAAAGGAGGGUCGAUGCACCUGUACAACAAGAGCUUCUUUGGAGGCCAUGGGAUUGUUGGUGCACAGAUACCUCUUGGGCUAGGCAUGGCAUAUGCACUGGAGUACAACAGAAGAAUGGGCUGGAGCCAGGGCGGGAAGGUCUGCUAUGCCUUCUAUGGAGACGGGGCAGCAAACCAGGGCCAAGUGUGGGAGAGCUUCAACAUGGCAAUGGUCUGGAGACUGCCCAUAGUUUUUGUAUGCGAAAACAACGGAUAUGGAAUGUGGACCCCUGCAAGCAGUGUCAGUGCAGACACAGACUUCUAUCUCAGGGGAGGGGCAAUACCGGGGAUUCGGAUUGGGCACGGCAACAUCUUUGGGCUGAUGUCUGUCUUGAAGUAUGCAAGGAAAUACUCUGUCGAGAACGGGCCGAUCAUUGUGCAGAUUGACACGUACAGGUUCUGCACACACUCUGCCGCCGAUGAGAGAGAGUCCUACAGGAGCAGGGAGGAGGUGGAUGCCGAGAAGAAAAGAGACUGCAUGGAGGACGUGGGAAGACGACUCCUUGCAUUCUACUCUGAAGAGGAGCUCGAUGCCUUGAGGAGCAGCAUUCUUGCCGAGGUUGAACGAGAUGUGGAUGCUGCAAGGAAGAGCAGGCCCACGGAGGAAGACGAGCUGUGCAGAGACAUCCUUCUAUAA